AUGUUGGCCUACCAAAGCAUGAGCAGAAUCGCGCAGUACGCCACCAACCGCUCGCGCUUCUCGACCCUCGCCUCCCCCACUCGCUCUCAGAACGUGCACCUCCGCCAACCUCUUUCACGCUUCGCGGGCCAUCGGCCUUCCGUUAUCGAUAAUUCAACCUUCACCUCUCACUUCGCUGCCUCAGCUCGCGGUAGCCGCCUUAUUCAUGUGCGCGCUAUCUCCUUCAACUCGGUCCCCCGUGCCGCUUUCCGGGCCGUUCGUCUGCCGGCUUAUGGCAUCGCAGCAGGUGGAGGCGCACUCGCCUACGCCAACUACAAGGUCGACGAGUUCAAAGGCAUGCUCGGUCGCUCAUAUGAAAAAAUGUCGGGCAGAGCCAAAGACGCCUACGCGGGCUUAUCGGAAUUCGGUGCCGAUGCGCUAGACAGUGCAAGGGAUGGAUGGGAGGCGCUGUCAGAGAAGGUGGAUGGUAUUGAACUGCCCAAGCUGCAGACUCCAGGUUUCUUGAGGAACUUUUUCUCGGGUAUGGGCUCGUCUGAGUCAGAUGCUGAUGGUGUUGAUUCAUCGAGAGCUAGGGGUGGUGGUGGAGGUCCCGAUCCGAAUGGUGCACCUACUUUGGCUGGAGCAGCUGCCGUGGCCGCUUCGUCUCUCUUUGGCGAUGGUGACGACACAGCUGAGUCGGGCGACGGCGUAGCAAAAGGUAGCACUGAAGAGCUCAUGCUUCUCACGCGCAAGCUUAUCGAGGUCCGCAACAUACUCAAGGAAAUCGAUCACGAGUCGGACCAGCUGUCACUUCCCUCCAUCGUUGUCAUUGGCUCGCAGAGUAGUGGCAAGAGUUCCGUUCUCGAAACCAUUGUCGGUCACGAGUUCCUGCCCAAGGGAAACAACAUGGUUACUCGUCGACCUAUCGAGCUUACUCUCAUCCACUCACCUGCUCGGCCCGACCGACCCACAAAGGACACGCUCGUCGAAUACGCCGAGUUCCCCGGCCUUGUCUUGGGCCGUAUCACCGACUUUUCGCAUGUCCAAAAGACGCUUUACGAUCUCAACAUGGCCGUUCCAGCUUCUGAAUGUGUCAGCGACGAGCCUAUCGAACUCCGCAUCCACAGUCCACACGUACCCGAUCUCACCCUCAUCGACCUCCCCGGUUACGUCCAGAUCGUAGCCAUGGACCAGCCCGACGAGCUCCGCGAAAAGAUCCAGAAACUCUGCAACAAGUACAUUCAAGAACCCAACAUCAUUCUCGCUGUUUGCGCAGCUGAUGUUGAUCUUGCCAACUCUCCCGCCCUUCGCGCCAGUCGUCAAGUUGAUCCUCUGGGACUAAGGACGAUUGGAGUCGUGACGAAGAUGGACUUGGUCCCACCUGAGGUGGGAGCGGGGAUCUUGUCCAAUAACAAGUACCCAUUGGCGUUGGGGUAUGUUGGAGUGGUGUGCAAGAACAAUUUGGGUGUUUUCCAGAGUAGUAAAGGGCAUGAUAGGGCGACUGGGGAGGGAAGGAUGUCGAGUUUGGUGAUGAAGCAGGAGUCAGAUUACUUUGCUGCCAACAAGGAGCAUUUCCGUGCUCCAACGAGAGGAAGAAAUGCAGGUGUGCAGCCGAUGACGGGCACCGAUACGCUCAGAAGGCGACUGAUGAGCGUGCUGGAAGAGAGUAUGGGUUCGUCCCUUCACGGCAUUGCCAAUGCAGUGCAGGUCGAGCUCGAGGAAGCUUCCUACCAGUUCAAAGUGCAGUACAAUGAUCGUAGCAUCACUGCCGAAUCUUACGUCGCCGAGACCAUGGACGCUCUCAAGCUGCGCUUCAAGGAAUUCGCUUUGAACUUUGGAAAACCUGAAGUCCGAGCUCUGCUGAAACAGGCGUUGGACGAGAAGGUAAUGGAUAUCUUGGCUCAGAUGUAUUGGUCUGAUGCCCGCACUCCAGAGUUAUCGCAGUUAGCAGAUGCAAGGAAGGUUUCGCCCGAGGACUUGGACAAGUACUGGCAGUACAAGCUCGACGCUUCUUCAUCAGCGUUGACGAAGUCGGGGGUUGGAAGAUUGUCUACACAGCUGGUAGUGGAUUCGAUCAGGACGCAGGUCGAGCACUUGGCUCAGUCCGAGCCGUUCAAUCACCACCCGGAUGCGGCUGAGAAAAUUGUUACUUUCAGUACGGCGAUUCUCAGGGAUAGGUUCGGGUUGACUGCUGAUCAGGUAGAGAACUGCGUUAAGCCGUUCAAGUAUGAAGUUGAGGUAGAAGCACCGGAGUGGGAAGCUGGAAGGCAGAGGUCGGUCAACUUGGUGGAAAGGGAAUUGGGUAUGUGUGAUGCAGCUUUCAACAAUAUCAAGAAGCUGCUUGGUGGUCGGCGGUUGAAGGGCGCUAUGGAAUACGUGACUCAUUUGGAAGAUAGGGAGAGGAAGAGGGUUCAAGCUCGCAUUCGGGCAAGAGAAGCCGCUGCCUCCUCUGAUAACACCACUCCUCUCCCCCUGGAAGACGAUGACCAGAACGACCCAACAAGACCAGACUACAACUCUGCUCUGCUCAUCAAAGCUCGCGAAGCGCUCUUCCUCACGGAACGCUCUCGUAUGCUCAAGACCCGACUCAACACUCUCAAAUCUAAACGAUGUCGUGGUGGACCUGAAGCGAAAGCUUUCUGUCCAGAAACUUUCCUCAACAUUGUCGCCGACAAGCUAACAUACACUGCGGUUAUGUUCAUCAACAUCGAAUUGCUUUCCGAGUUCUUCUACCAGUUUCCGAGGGAGAUCGACGCAAAGCUGGUAUACAAUCUGGAUAAACAGGAAGUGGCAAAGUUCGCAAGAGAAAACCCCGUGGUAAAGAAACAUUUGGAUUUGCAAGAGAGGAAGGAAAAGUUGGAAAUGGUCAUGGAGAAGCUGAGUGAUUUGGUCAAGAUUUACCAGGAGAAGAGCGGACACAGUAAGGUUAGGGAAGGAAGUCGGUGGAGUUUCUUCUAG